AUGCUAUUGUUCGCCAAAGUUGCCCCUCCCAAGGUACCUAAGAAGAGGUCCCGAGCAGGAUGCACGCAAUGCAAGGAAAAGAAGAAAAAAUGUAAUGAGGCACGGCCAUCAUGCCAUCGUUGCGCCGAGAAGCAGCUCGAGUGUAUCUACGAAGCGAUCAAGCCCCGUCAACGUAAGGCGCAUGUCUCGAGGGACCCCCUAAGUCCCCUCUCACCCACCUCUGUUGUAGAGUGGAAGCAUCCAAGCAACUUGGACCUGGCACUGCAACAGCUGGAAAGCGACUUUAACUUCUGGGACGAUGAAGCAGUGACCACCCCAAUCGUAGAGACGCCGACUGCUCAUGCCAACCCUGUAAACCCUACUACCGACCUACUCCUAGGCUCCGCGAUAUCACAGGCGCCGUUGCAUGGGGAAACUCUGCUCUCACCUAUCGAAAUACCCCUCUUUUCUCCCACUGCCCUGGAAGCUUAUGGGCUGGAGCCGUUCACCGUAGAUGACCAAGACCGCAAUCUCGACGACCUCGAUACUUCAAAUGGUCUCGUUUCUCUCUCUCCACAAUACUCUCAACAGCACCCCUAUGCCCAACAAUUCCAGUUCAACAUACCCUUCGACAGCUUCCUAAAUCCCGUAUACUCCGAAUUCUCCCAUCUGCACCGCCACCGGACUCUCAUGGACCACUUCGAUAACCUCCUGUCGCGCCUCAUUGUUCUCUACGAGGAGCCUGGCAACCCUUUCCAACGCUUCAUCAUGCCCAUGUGCCAAAAAAGCGAUGCCGUCCGAAAUGCCGUAUACGCACUCGCGAGCGCCCACCGAGAGUACCGCGGCCUCGCGUUUAGUACCCCGGUCCCCGAGGGCGAGAACGCUACCUGGUUUUACAACCAGGCGAUUCAGGGGAUUGCGAAACUCAUUCAGAAGGGGGCCAAGGUGGACAAAAACGAGUUGCUGGCAGCAAUUAUGCUGGUUGUGUAUUAUGAGGUGCUCGUGAAGGCUGGAGGGUCAACCCUUGUGGAUGGCCAUCUUAAAGGCGCCAUGUCUAUCUUCGAAUCAGGCGGUGAGGGCCUGGACUCCACCGGCGCGUUCCUCGAGAGGACGUUCCGUUUUUACGAAGUAAUCGCAGCCUUGUCGUUCGAUACGGCACCACUAUCAAAAGAUUCCAGCGCCGUAUUCACAGCCUUCCAACAAGGCAUGGACUCCACAAAUAGCGACAUGGACACCUUGCUGGGCAUGGUCCACACGUUUUGGCCACUUCUCCAUAGGCUCGCCACGCUCGCGUCGUUGAAGAAGGAGCUAGAAGCUGCACCAGGAAACAACAUGGACCCCGCCAAGCUCUCGGCACUCCAAACCGAAUUUGAGACGAAGGCCUACAUAGUUGACGUAUCCUUGAAGAAAUGGAAGCCCAACGUACCCCCACAGUUCUACGUCUUAUACAACGACGAGCAGGGGGCUACUCCGUGCGAGUCGAUCGGAAACACUACCAAGACCGGCGAAGCAGCAACAGCAGCCGAGCGUGCCCACCUUCACUCGGUGCUCAAUACGGCACUAGCCUAUCAGCACAGUGCCAUAGUAUAUCUACAUCGCACGAUAUACGGGCACUCGAGGAACCACGCCCUCGUCCAGAGACACACCCAUGUGUCCCUGACACACUGCGUAGCGACAGUCCGCAACAAAGGUCCAAUGGGCGCGCUCUUGUGGCCGCUCUUUGUCGCAGCCUGCGAGGCCAUCACUCUUGGCGAUCGAGAUCUUGCCAACCAGGCGUUCAUGGCCAUCGAGCGUAGGCAGGGCAUGGUGAACAUUGAGCAGUCGUGGGCUGUUGUCCGGGAAGUGUGGAGAAGAGCUGAUGCGGCGGAGGAGCUUUCCAAGCCGUGGCAUAGCGGUAUGGGCGGCAACGGGAACGGCAACACUUGCGUUCCGACAUUUAAGGGGCGAGACUUGUGGAGAAAGGUCAGUGAAGAGAUGGGUGUCACGAUCGUGUUUGGUUAA